UAAUUCAUUGCGUAUCAAUAUUUGUAAUAGGAUUAUAAUUUAUGCAUUUUUAUAAAUGCCAGAAGUCCCGAAAUAACUAUUAUCAUGCCGACAAAUGUUAAGCAAAUCUUCGAAAAUGUUUCGAUACAAAAAUGAACGUAUAUUAGCAUAUUCAUAUCGCGGUAUUGCAAUUAUUUUUUAACAGAAAGCGUUUAAAAUUGAUCAAUCAGAUUCGCAGAAAGUUGGCGCGUUGAAAGUUUGCGUAUGGAACGCAAUAUGAAAUUAGGUGAUUUGGGGUCGUGUCUAAUUAUUCGUGCAUCGUGACUUCAAAUUGCGUGCAGUGGAAUGAUACAAGUAUAACUUUACGCGUGACGAAGAUUAAACAUAGAAUUAGAAGAUAAAUAAGACAAAAUACUGCGUUAUACUAUAUAGUUAUAUACAUACGCGUAGAACGAUAAUAUUGGAGACUCGAUACUUGCAAGCAAUUUAUUCAUCGUACGAUGUCAUUGGCCGCGCAAAUAUUGAACAAUCUGAUUGGUCGAAAUUUUAUAUAUUUAUUAUUUAAAAAUUAAAACAAUGUUUCGUUAUUAAAAUUUUCAUUUGCAGAUGUGUUUGUAGAAUUCGCCAUAUAACAUAUAGAACUUACAUAAUUUCUGUUUUUACAGAUAAUAUAUAAAUGUAAAAAUAAAAAUAGUCUUCACGACAUCUUAUCUUCAUUAAUUAGUUAUAAGUAUUUUACAUUUGGUGCAUUUGUUCAGCUUCAUUCACAGGCUGUUUCCAAAAUUCUUUGCCAGCGCUGAAAAUCUAUAGUAUACGUUACGUGUACUAUAGAUUUCCAUCGCUGGCAGUGAAUUUUUGUAAUAUUACGUCAUUAUUAUAAAUUUUUAGAAUUCAUAAUGAAGAGGAUGUUUAUACCGUGUUCUUUUGAAAGUUUAUUCGAUAAAUAAAUAAAUAAAUUUGACACUUUCGGUCAUUAUUGAGUGAGAUCUUAUGGCUCUAUUGUAAGAAAAACUUUGUUUGUAUCCAACGUCCGAUUCGCAAUUUGAUAUCUUAUAGAACGCCUUAGGAACCCUAGAUAAAGAAAAAUUUGAUCCCUAUAAAAUAUACCUUUCUAUUGGAUAUGAGAAGUGUAAACACUGUAAACCCCCCUCCAAUUUUCAUGCAUAGCACGUGUAUCCGGAAUCCCCCAUCUGGGAUUAGAGAAUUAGAGAACGUUUGAUAAAUUUGCAAGUCGGAACACAAAUCCAUAAAUUCAAUACUGGAAAUUGUCUUUGUGUUAAUAUUGAGCAAUAAUGUUCGCGUUCCUCAGACAAGUAACGGAAGAAAAACAGGCAAUCCUUCAACUCGAAACGGUACCGACCGAAUCCGCUACAAGUAUGAAUAUUAGUAAGACAUUUUUGGACGUUCUACAAUUGUCGUUUGAGGUAAAGUACAUGGAUGAAGAUAUCAAAAUUGCUAAGAAGAGAAAAAAAAUCAAAGCGAUAGAGGAGAAAAUGAACGUAUUAUAUCAGAAUGUAAUGGAUGUUUCAAGGGACUCAAAAUUUGAUGAUAUUGUUGCUUUAUCGAAUGCUUAUUAUAACAUAGGCUUAGAAUAUAUUCCUUCUACGGAUACUGACGAUCUAAAUACCGCUACAACACAUUUUUCAAGAUGUUUGGAACUGUUGAAAGGAAAAUAUUUUGACCGUAAAGCUAUAUUGACAUCUAUAGGUGCACUUAACGAAUCGAAUUCAGUUCAUGGGAGAGUAAGCAAAAAUAAGUGUACUCAUAGAUUCUUGAAUUCAGCAUUGGAAAUAUAUUUAAAAUACACACUGAGGGAUAAUUGCCCUGAUCCCAUCCACAUAGCAAGUCUUGUUGGUAUUAAAGAAAAAGAAUUUAAUUCUAGAAUUAUCUUGGAAACUUUGCAUCAUACAACUUUACAAGACUUAGGACUUCAAUAUCUUGCAAGGUCGAAAGAUAAGCACAAAUUUGUAAUAUAUAUGUACAGGAUUUUAAACAUUCGACUGACAAACAUGGUAGCUGACAAAACAAAAUUUGAUGAAAAGUGUCUUGAUAUGGCUGUAACCUUAUUUGAUCUGUCUAGAUACUUUCUAGCAAACGGUCGUUUCGCUGAAGCUAGAAGUCACAUUGCUGUUGGAGAUUAUGUAAUAUGUAGAUUUAUUGUAGAUAGACUGGAACCAGCAAAGAAAGAAAAUAAAGAUUCUUCUCACUUGUAUGAAAGUUAUAAUUAUGCCUUUGCUCUUAGUUCUAAAUCUUGGGGUUCCUAUGGAGUUUCUCUUUUACGUUUCUGGAUGGAAAAAUUCUCACAGAAUAAAGAAAACAAAUCUAAGAUACAAGAUAUUGUGUCAAAAUUAGAAAUAACAUCUGGGGAGCUACAUUUAAUAUUUUCUAGUCUAGACAAAGAAUUGAAACGCACAACUAUUAGUAUCACAGAAACAAGUAUAUUAAAUUUUUCUGAUGCCAAAUCGAUUUUUAAAAAAACUUUGAUGCAACUGGAAUCAGCGAAGAAAUAUUUUACUGUAGACACUAACAUUAUUUUGAAGAACGAAGAGAUAAUCAAAUAA